AUGAAGGUGAAGUUCCCCAUGAGUUCGGUGUUCGAACGAUUCGGGUACCCUGUCAAGUAUGGAAAGGUGUGGACGGCCAAGCCAAAUGCUAUAAGGAUGUUGCAUGGUGAUUAUGUCGCCGCGUACAACAUUCUUCCGAGAAUGUUGGGAGCCAUUGCUCAUCGGAACCCGGGCAUGCGCCAUAGGGUCAAGUCAAUCGAGGGAGUGUUUCAUCGAGCUUUUUGGAGCUUUGGGCAAUGCAUCGAUGCAUUUAGGCAUUGCCGCCCCAUGUUGUCAAUUGAUGGCACGUUCUUGACCGGAAAGUACAGGGGCACGUUGAUGGUAGCAAUGGCCCACUCGUCCAAUGACAAUGUGUUGCCUGUGGCAUUUGCGUUGGUGCCUUCCGAGCACGAUGAUAAUUGGGAGUGGUUUAUGGAUCAUGUGAGGACGAAGGUGAUUGGCCCCAAAAGAGAGGUGUGCAUGAUAUCGGAUCGCCAUCAUGGGAUUCUCAAAGCAAUAGAAGUUGACAUUCCAGGCUAUCCAAAGCUCCAACACCGUUGGUGCAUGAGGCAUUUUGUGGCAAACUUUUACCAUGCAUGCAAGAGUAAGGAGUUUUGCAAAUAUCUUACCCAUGUUUGUGUGGCAUUCAACAACGACACAUUCCAAAGCCGCUAUGAUAAGCUAUUCAAGGCGUUGGAGAAGAACAAAGGAGGGAGAGAAUUCUUGACAAGGAAUUUUCCGGAGAUGCAUAAGUGGUCACGUGCUUACGACGAAGGAGGUUUCCGAUACGGAGACAUGACAAGUAACAUGGUGGAAUGCUUCAACAAUGUGCUCAAGGGUGUCUGUUCCUUGCUGGUCACUACAAUAGUGAAAUAUACCUUCUUCAAGCUCAACGAGUAUUUUCUGAGGCAUUCUGAAGAGACAGCCAAAUGGAUAGGCAUGGCUUCUUCCGGUUCCGUGGCGAGGCCACCGUGUGCUAACCGCGAGGACAUGCUGGACAAGUGGACAGACGCCGAUUUGGAUAAGGUGAAGGACAAAGAUAUGAGAACUCCAUCAUGUUGGUGUGGAGAUGUUUGCAAAGUUAAGUCGCCGCCUCCACUUUGUAAGUACUUCACAUGGAUAGAUCAAGAUGUGCCAGAAGAUGUUAAGAAAGAUCAACAUCGAGAUUGUCUAAGGAGGCAUCGGUUGUAUGAAGAAGCAUUUCAGAGAGGCUUGGAUGAAGAGCGUCGUGAAAAGGACAGGAUGGAGAGAAAGAAGCGUGAAGAGGACAGGGCACGCAAGGAGAAGAUUGCUCGUCAAGAGGAGAGAGCAAGAAAGCUUGCAAGGGUUCGUGAAGCCCAAGAGGAGGAUGAGUGUUGCAUACUCAUCACCGUUCUCCUCGGCAAUUACAACCUCACCAGCCACAUCGUGGCCGCUGCUCUGGCUACUGAUCAGAGGCCCGAGUGGAAUCACAAGGAUUUUGCCAUGGUUUACGGCUCCAUCAGUGACAACAUCCUCGACAUCAUCAUUGCAUGGGAUCAAAUGGCGCACGAGGGCUACACCCUCAUCGACAAUCUUCGUUGA